AAUUAAAACUUCAACUAUAGUGAGAAACUAUUUUUUAUUAUGGUAGUUCCUGCACUCACCGAAACUUUAAGUAAAAACGUCUGUGCUCUUCCUCAUCUGGAAAAACCGGUAUGGCACCAAUGUGAAAUAGACCAAUCAGCGUUUAGCUUGCAGUGGGCGUGUUUUGGCGACAGACACCUGCCCUGCCUCUAGUGGCACCUGCAGUACUCUACCGACAAUUCAACCGAAAAGGGCAAUUGUUUCCAGUCAAGAGAGGAAUGUCAGAUGAUACUUGCGCACAUAACAAAAGCUUCUCCAAAUUACAGCUCGACGACCAACAAACCUCGUGGCUCUAAUCUGACAGGGACUAUCGAUUUCUUAUGUUAUACAUUUUUUAUUUGUAAACUUCUUAAAGCCAUAAAUCCACCCAGGUGUUGUCAAACCACUUAACCAGGAGAGCGGUGAAUCACUGUCCCGGUGCGUAAACUCUUCGUCGCGCUCGGCACUGAUGGCGGCCACCAAGCGAGCUGGGCGACAGCGCAACCAGCUUCCAUACUGCUACUACGAAGGAUACCUGGAAAAAAGAUCAUUCGAAGACAAGGCAUCUCGGAGACUAUGGACAUGCUUGUGUGGGAACACUCUUUUCUUCUUCAACAACACCAACGACAGCGAUUAUGUGGAGAAACUGGAGCUCCGUGACCUCAUCUCCGUGACGGAUGACUGCAGUCGGGACAGAAACCUGGAGGCAGCCAGACUCAUCCUGCGCAUGGAGGAUGGGGAGAUCAAAAUCACUGCCCCAAGUCUAGAAGCUCGAGAACUAUGGAAAGGUUUCAUCUACUCUGUAUUUGAGCUGUCAGUGCCCAGCUCACUCAACCUGCUGCCAGGCCAGAUCCACAUGAUGAGAGAGACGGUAGAGACCGAGAGGGAGAGACGGAAGACCCUGUCCCCUACCCCUGCUUCAGCAUCCAGCUCCAACCUUUACCUCAGCCUCGUAGGGGACAUGCCUGCGUGUUACCAGCCCGUGUCUCGUACUGAGGCAGAGAUGACGUUGGAGAGACACUCUGAUUGUGGGAACCUGCUACUACGGCCCGGCAGGGACGGCGCCUCAUUGGCUGUCACCACUCGACAGGACCUCAAUGGGUCUGUGUUCAGACACUAUCGCGUGACAAGGAAACAUGACGGAGGAUACACAAUUGAUGUAGAGACUCCAAUCUCCUGUGCCACACUGCAUGAUGUCAUCAACUGUCUGGUGGACAGGACUAAUGGAACUCUGACACCCUUCAUUAUGGAAGGACCCUAUGAAGAGAGCAUCACAUUUGUUCAGGCAAAUGAGGAGAAUGGAGAGAAGAGUCUGCAGUGUGUCCCCAGUACUCCCAUCCCCCGUGUGCCAGUCCCUGCUCUACCUCCCAAACCAGGUCCAACUCCAGAGUCUGAGUCAGAUAGAGGAGAGAGUCUUUACCUCAAUGACACCCAGAAAGAAAAGGAAGAAGACACUACUGUGCAGCCUACUCACCCCUCUCAGACCCCUCCCACACGCUUUCGUCUGCCAGUGAUGAUGCCCCGUCAGACCCCCCAUUUGCCCCAUCAGACAUCUCUGUCAAGUGAAGUGCCGCUCAGCUCUGGACCUGAGAGGAAGGCCCUGAUGCCACCACUGGUGCCCUCUGUUCGUACACCUCAUACCUUCCGCUCCACCUCUACAGAUACCCCUGACACCAGGUUGAGAAGCAUCACUGUGACUUCUGUCACACCAGACACUGUUGCUCAGACCAUCUCUGAGGAGCUCAAGUUGAAGUUGGAGAAGAGGCGGGCGCAAUAUCAAUAACCUCUCCUGGCAGCUUAGUCAACCAGCAAGUGGGAAAAACCUGCUACAACAAUGGCAUCACAACAAAAUGGGGACACUCCCUCAACAUUCUACUACUACUGCCCUAACAUGUCACUUUCUAUGGUAGACAGACAGACAUGGACCGUGUUUCCCUCUGUCAGACUCAGCCUCUCUGGGCUACUCUGGCCGCCUCCUCCCUUGGGCUGGGUGCCUGAUCUCGCCCUGCUCCUUCUCAGCUGGCUGUGUCAGCUCAGACUCUAAGAUGAAUGCCUUAUCGAUUCCUCCUUCCUGUAUCGCUUCAUCUAACCCAGACACUAGCAAAUUAACGCACUGUAAAUCGCCAUGUAAAUGUCACAUUAUUCUCACCACAGUUGUUUGUAUAUUUGCAUAUUUAUUGAAAAAGUACAAUAUGCCUACAGUAUCAAAUAUUUGUCUAAACCUGUCAGUGUUUUUCUGUCUUCUAUAUUUAUACUGAGAUCACUAUAUAUUUGUCUCUCAAUUCUACAACAGACUUUUGUCAGAAAGGCAAUGAAGCCAAUGUGUUAUUGUCUCUGGCUGUAUCCUGAAUGAAAUCAAAGGAAUCACAGGGA